AUGGAUUGUGACAUGUGCUUUUCGCACAACUCGAUUCGCUCGACUAUAGAGCAGAUCAGCACCCCCAGCUCAGUCACAGACGAGUUCCGCACGACUAGCGAGGAGACAAGCUCAAACACCGACCGCUCUAGCUCUCCUACGGAGGAAGCAUGCUCGACUACAGAGCAUAGCCCCAAACCCAUCGAGAAGACCAGCUCGACUACAGAGCCGGUCAGGGUCUACCUGAACAAGUACGGCGACGUACCCAAUCCUGCACGCCAGAUCAAGGCGGCACGACGCCGACGUAACCAAGAGCUCCGAAGAACGGAUCCGGAACGUUACCGCCGCGAAAUGGCGGAGAAGAAGAUUCUCCGUGAUGAAAAGCUCCGAGCUGAGCGUGAGCUGAGACGUUGCCGCUAA